AGUUCCCGCCAUCAGCCGCUUUCCCUGUUUUUGGGGAGCGAGCAGGUUCGCCGCUUCUUGCUCGUUGUCCCUUCAUUUCUUUACCUCCGGCUCCCCCCGCUCCGUGCGUACUCCAUUGCUUCCGGAAGGCUUGUCUGGGGGCUCCGGACCCACAGGCACAGCUGAGUUGAUGGCUCCUGGAGAACUGGCCUAGCUGCAGAAUAUGAGUAGUUUCCCAAGAAGAGUGCCUUGCCUUUGGCACAAGGAUCAGAAUAAAGGUGAAUUGUUAUUACAUAGGGUUUUUCAGUAAAAGUCACUGAAAAAACCUGUCAGGUGAAGGUGUAUUUUUUAUUUUUUAAUUUGGUUAGAAGCAAUUUAUUUUUAAAGAAAAUAUGUCUCCUCUGAAGAUACAUGGACCUAUCCGAAUUCGAAGUAUGCAGACUGGGAUUACAAAGUGGAAAGAAGGAUCCUUUGAAAUUGUGGAAAAAGAGAAUAAAGUCAGCCUAGUAGUUCACUACAAUACUGGAGGAAUUCCAAGGACAUUUCAGCUAAGUCAUAACAUUAAAAAUGUGGUGCUUCGACCCAGUGGAGCAAAGCAGAGCCGCCUAAUGUUAACUCUACAGGAUAAUAGCUUCUUGUCUAUUGACAAAGUACCAAGUAAAGAUGCAGAAGAAAUGAGGUUGUUUCUAGAUGCAGUCCAUCAAAACAGACUUCAUACAGCCAUGAAAUCUUCCCAGGGUUCUGGUAGUUUUGGAGCUGUUCUGGGUAGCAGACCCUCACAGAAGGAAACCAACAGGCAACUUUCUUACUCAGAUAAUCAGGUCUCUUCGAAAAGAGGAAGUUUGGAAACUAAAGAUGAUAUUCCAUUUCGAAAAGUUCUUGGUAAUCCAGGUAGAGGAUCCAUUAAGACUGUAGCAGGAAGUGGAAUAACUGUCACCAGGACGAUUCCUUCUUUGACAGCUACAUCAACACCUCUUAGAUCAGGGUUAUUAGAAAACCGCACUGAAAAGAGGAAAAGAAUGCUAUCAUCUGGCUCAGAGCUCAAUGAAGAUUACCCUAAGGAAAAUGAUUCAUCAUCGAACAACAAGGUUAUGACAGAUCCCUCAAGAAAGUAUUUAACCAAUAGCAGAGAAAAGCAGUUGAGUUUGAAACAGUCUGAAGAAAAUCGGACAUCAGGGCUUUUACCUUUGCAGUCAUCAUCAUUUUAUGGCAGCAGAGCUGGAUCCAAGGACUAUUCAUCUAGUGUCGCUAACCUAGAUAGGACUAAUGUUUCAAGCCAAACUCCCUCUGCCAAAAGAAGUUUGGGAUUUCUUCCUCAGCCAGUUCCUCUUUCUGUUAAAAAACUGCGAUGUAACCAAGAUUAUACUGGCUGGAACAAACCAAGAGUGCCCCUUUCCUCUCACCAACAGCAGCAACUACAAGGAUUCUCCAACCUGGGAAAUACAUGCUAUAUGAAUGCUAUUUUACAAUCUCUGUUUUCACUCCAGUCGUUUGCAAAUGACUUACUUAAACAAGGUAUCCCGUGGAAGAAAAUUCCACUCAAUGCACUUAUCAGGCGUUUUGCACACUUGCUUGUUAAGAAAGAUAACUGUAAUUCAGAGACCAAAAAAGAUUUACUCAAGAAGGUUAAAAAUGCCAUCUCAGCUACAGCAGAGAGAUUCUCUGGCUAUAUGCAGAAUGAUGCUCACGAAUUUUUAAGUCAAUGUUUGGACCAGCUAAAAGAGGAUAUGGAAAAAUUAAAUAAAACUUGGAAGACUGAACCUACUCCUGGAGAAGAAAGUUCACCAGAUAUUUCAGCUACCAGAAUGUGGAGAGACUAUCCCCAAAAAAGAACAGUUUAAUGACCUCUCCAUCGACCUUCCUCGAAAGAAAAAACCACUCCCUCCUCGUUCAAUUCAAGAUUCUCUUGAUCUCUUCU